AUGUUGAAACAAGUCGUUGGCGGAGGUGUAAGAAAAAUCGGUAGUCAACCUCGACUCUUUCCUGUCCUAUAUCGCAGUCUUUCAGCCAAAGCCAAUAGUGGGGCUUCUUCUCAAGAGGCCGUAGAACCAAUUGUGCUGAAGGACAAAACUAAGCCGCUACGUAUCGAAAGAGAACUUCCAGACCCCACAAAGGACAGAGUGAAAAACCGUGUACAAUUGGGGCUUUUUGCCGUGGCCAUCGGUGUGUCGUUGGCAUGCAUCUUCAACUACGAAAAAACGCAGUCUCCCAUCGUUUCCAAUUCGCUGUACCACAUGCGUAGAUCACAGGCUAUAAGAGAUCUGUUGGGAGACAGCAUUGAUUUCGAUGGUCUGGUGCCUUGGGUUUUCGGAGACUUGAACCAGGUUGCCGGAAAGGUCAACAUCUCGUUCUACAUCAAGGGCUCUAAAAACGUACAGGGAGUUGUCAAAUUGGUAGCGGACAGAGAAAACAAGCACCAAGAAUUUUUGAUCCACGACUGGAGCGUGACGGUGGGCGAGAAGAAAAUUGACCUCUUAAGCGAGGAAGGAACUAGAAGCUUGUAA